UCCAGCCCUUCAACACGCUGCUCUGUUACGUCCCGACCGUGAGCAGUGAGGUGGACGCGGUGGAGAUUUCUCCUUCUGGUCGGAUCUUAUCUUUUCCACCACCAAGCUCUUUCUACUCUUUUCCCCGCUUGACGUAUAUUGGAGUAGGGAAGUCUGCGCAUUGGUGCUCAGUCGCUCGCAAAACGUUUCGCCCUUGCGCUGCGCCUAGGUGGCAAUGGAUUGAUUUCAGUGAUUUUUCUCCGACCUCUGCCUCGACCAAGUUGAGAAAACAGUCUCUCUAACCUGCGGCUCUCUCUUUCCAGCUACAUGUUUCAUCCAGCCACUUUUAAAAGUACCUGGCUCCGAAUGUCUGUGCACAUUUUAGGACUUUGAACUUUUUUCCGCUUGUGCAUUUGAAGGAGGUGGCCGAGGAUUUUAAGGAUUGCAUUUUUUUGAAGCUUCUCCGGGGUUCCUGAAGCCUGCAAAGAUUUAUUCGUGAAAAGUGAUGGCCGAGCGGGGAGCUCUGUCGCUCCUCUCUCUCCUCUGUCUCACCUUUCUGUACACCGAGACCACCGCGGCAAAGCAUGUCGACAAAGGUUCAUCAGCGCAGCCCUUCAGCCCCUUCUGGUUCACAGUGGAGCCCCAGGAAACACUGGCCAUCCGGGGAAACUCAGCACUGCUCAACUGCUCGGCCCACAGCGACGCAGCCACGCCGGCACGCAUAGAGUGGAAGAAAGACGGAACCUUCAUGAGCCUGCUUUCAGAUGAAAGACGAAACAUACUUCCCGAUGGCUCGCUGUUUUUCACCCACGUCAUCCACAAUAAGCACAACAAGCCUGACGAGGGCACCUAUCAGUGUGUUGCCACCAUCGACAACCUUGGGUCCAUUUCCAGCCAGACGGCCCGUCUUUCAGUGGCAGGGAUGCCCAGGUUCGCCAGCCAGCCAACUCCGACUACCGUGCAUCUAGGGAACAACCAGGUGAUGGCGUGUGAGGUCAACUCAGACCUGGUGCCCUUCACCAGGUGGGAGAAAGACCGCCUGCCGCUUGAGCUGAGCACCAGACUGGUCCAGCUGCCCAGCGGAGCCCUGGUGAUCAGCAAUGCCUCGGAGGCAGAUGCAGGCCUUUACCGCUGCAUGGUGGAAAAUGUGGGGUCGUCGAAGUCCAGCGACGAGGCCCAGCUCCAAGUAGUGCCAGAAACUGGAGAAGAGAGGAAGCUGGAGUUCCUGGUGCAGCCUGCAGCGGUCUCUAAGGUGAUUGGGGCCAGCGUACUGCUGCCCUGCCUCAUCACUGGUUACCCUUCACCACACAUUCGCUGGAUGUUUGGAGACAAGUUGCUGGAAGAAAGUGAGGGCCGUGUGGAGCUGCUGGGAGGAGGCAGUAUUCAGAUCUUCAAUCUCACAGAGGAGGAUUCUGGCAUCUACACCUGCAUGGCGGACAAUGCCAACGCAACCAUUGAAGCCCAGGCCCAACUCACCAUCCAAGUUCCUCCCCAGUUUGUGAAGCGACCAGACAACGUUUAUGCCUACGAGUCCAUGGACAUCAUCUUUGACUGUGAGGUUUCAGGCUCACCCGCUCCCACUGUCAAAUGGGUCAAGAAUGGAGAUGCUGUCAUCCCCAGCGACUACUUCAAAAUAAUUAAGGAGCACAACCUGCAGGUUCUGGGUCUGGUGAAGUCAGAUGAGGGUUUCUAUCAGUGCCUUGCAGAAAACGAUGCAGGAAACAUCCAGUCCAGCGCUCAGCUCAUCAUCUUGGAUCACGGCUCCGGAGGUGUAGCCACUCCACUGGGGCCCUCCCCCUCUGCCCCUCGAGAUGUUGUGGCUUCGCUGGUUUCCACCCGCUUCAUCAAGCUGACCUGGCGCCCGCCAGCCGAACCUCAUGGAGACGAGUUAACCUACUCUGUGUUCUACAGCCAGGAGGGCACCAGCAGGGAGCGGGUAGUGAAUACCAGUCGUCCCGGGGAGAUGCAGGUCACCAUCCAGAACCUCAUGCCAGACACCAAAUAUCGCUUCAGGGUUGUGGGCCAUAAUAGCAAUGGACAAGGAGAGAGCUCUGCAUCACUCAAAGUGGCCACCCAGGCUGAAGUUCAAGUGCCCGGUCCUGCUCCGAACCUUCAGGCAGUGUCCAACACGCCGUCCUCUGUCUCUCUGAGCUGGGACAAACCCCUCACUGGCAACGGAGAGAUGCUCACCUACAAGUUGUUCUACACAGACAAAAGCUUUGACAACGAACAGGACGUUGACGUUGACAUUCAGUCCUACACCCUGACAGGCCUGAAGAAGAACACAGAGUACAGUUUCCGUGUGGUGGCCAACAACCAGCACGGCCCGGGAGUCUCCACUGACGAUGUCGUCGUUCGCACGCUGUCGGAUGUACCAAGUGCUCCUCCUCAAAAUCUCACCCUGGAGGUGCAGAAUUCGAAGAGCAUCAUGCUUCGGUGGCAGCCCCCGCCCCUUAGUGACCAGAAUGGAGAGAUCACCGGCUACAAGAUCAGAUACCGGAAAGGUUCCCGUAGGAGCGAAGCAGCCGAGACCACCGGUGGCACCCAGCUGAAUAAGAUCAUUGACGGCUUGGAGCGUGGGACAGAGUACUCCUUUCGGGUGUCGGCCAUUACUGUGAACGGCACAGGACCGGCCACUGAGUGGACCACAGCUGAGACGUUUGAGAGCGACUUGGAUGAAUCCCGUGUUCCUGAUCAGCCCAGCUCUCUCCACGUCCGGCCGCUCGUCAACAGCAUUGUGGUGAGCUGGACGCCGCCAGAGAACCAGGACAUUGUGGUGCGAGGCUACACCAUCGGCUAUGGCAUCGGUAGUCCCCAUGCUCAGACCAUCAAAGUGGACUACAAGCAGCGCUACUACACUAUCGAAAACCUCUUCCCCAGCUCCCACUAUGUCAUCACCCUGAAGGCUUAUAAUAACGUGGGCGAGGGGAUCCCGGUGUACGAGAGCGCCAUCACCAGACCACAGUCAGACCCCAUAGACCCCGAUGUUGACAUGUCUAUCAACUAUCAUGCUCCAUACACCCCAGUACCAGACCCCUCUCCCAUGAUGCCGCCUGUGGGUGUUCAGGCCUCUGUGCUGAGCCACGACACCAUCAAGGUCACCUGGGCUGACAACUCGCUGCCCAAGAACCAAAAGAUCACAGAUAAUCGUUUCUACACCGUCCGCUGGAAGACCAACAUACCUGCCAACACUAAAGUGAAGAUGGCCAACACCACCAGCCUGAACCACAUGGUGACGGGUCUGAAAGCAAACACGCUGUACGAGUUCUCUGUCAUGGUGACCAAAGGGCGCCGCACCAGCACGUGGAGCAUGACUGCACAGGGCACCACCUUUGAAACCAUUCCCAGCUCCUCCCCGAAAGACGUGACCGUAGUGAGCAAGGAGAACAAACCUCGCACCAUAAUCGUCAACUGGCAGCCUCCCUCGGAGGCCAACGGAAAGAUCACUGGCUACAUCAUCUACUACAGUACAGAUGUCAACGCUGAGGUCCAUGACUGGGUUGUCGAACCAGUGGUUGGCAACCGCCUGACCCACCAGAUCCAGGAGCUGACGCUGGACACGACUUACUACUUCAAGAUCCAGGCCCGAAACUCAAAGGGCAUGGGCCCCUUGUCUGAGGCUGUACAUUUCCGCACUCCAAAGACCUCAAAUCUGCCACCCAAGCAGGGCCCCCCAGGAAACCAUCCAGAUGGCGAUGGAAAUCCAGUUGGUAAAUCAGGCAUGGGAAGCAACAGUGAAGGUCACAUCCUGGUCAUCGUCAUCAUCAUCUCAGUGGGAGCCUUCACCAUCAUCGUGGUGGUGGUCGGGGCCUUCCUGUGCACACGGCGCACCACGUCCCACCAGAAAAAAAAGCGGGCUGCCUCAAAAUCCUCAAACGGCUCCCACAAAUACAAGGGAAACUCCAAAGACCUGAAGCCCCCUGAUCUUUGGAUUCACCACGAGAGGCUGGAACUGAAACCCAUGGACAAGUCGCCGGAUCCCAACCCAGUCAUGACCGAAACGCCCAUCCCCCGCACCUCACAGGACAUCACACCAGCCGAUAGCAACCUUGAGAACAACCCCCACCUCCAGCAGCGGCGCAAUUCCUACCGCGGCCACGAAUCAGAGGACAGCAUGUCUACACUAGCAGGCCGACGAGGGAUGAGGCCUAAAAUGAUGAUGCCUUUUGACGCACAGCCACCUCAGCCUGUGAUUAGUGCUCACCCCAUCCAUUCCCUUGAUAACCAUCACCACCAUUAUCACAUGGGCAGCCUGGCGUCGCCGACACGCAGCUAUAUGUACCACCAGGGCGGCGGGCACCCUCGCCCGCACGUCUGUGCCACCCCCAUCUCCCAUCUAGAGAGGGUGGAUUCUACAGAGUCGGUGAGGAACACCCCCAGUUCAGAGCCCCUCCCUCCAGCAACCGCCUCCUCCCAGGUCUCCUGCCCCUCGGAGAUCAUGGUCGACCCUGAGGGCAGCUACCACGGUUCCUCCACCACAGAGGAGGAGCCCAGCUACUCCAGCAACCUGCCCCCCCUUCGCUCGGCACACCCGCACGCCCACGCCCAUCCUCUAAAGAGCUUCGCCGUGCCUGCAAUCCCAGCCGGCAGCCAUCCAUCGUACGAGUCGUCUGCCCUGCCCAGUCCACCGCUGCAUGCUCAGGCCGGGAUUCCUACUCACCCCCAUGUUGUUAAAACAGCCUCUAUUGGAACACUAGGAAGGACACGAACACCAUUGAUUGUCACCGUGCCAAACACCCCUGACAUACCAGAGACCAGCAAGAUGCUGGAAGAUGUGGACAGCAGCUACGAACCCGACGAGCUGACCGAGGAGAUGGCCCACCUCGAGGGCCUCAUGAAGGACCUCAACGCCAUCACCACAGCGCCAUGAGCAUGCACACACACCUACACACACACUUUCUCUGUCAUCCACACGUACACACGGAAAAACACACACUCUAAAGUCAAACAAACACACCCAAACAGGAACCUUGGGACCCAGAUGCUGGUGGACACAAAAUAGCUUCUUGUGCCCAAAACAAACUCUCACGUUCCCCUGCAGAAAAAAACAAACAAACUCCAGACUGAAACGUUUUUCGGCUUACCUUGCUCAGUCUCAGGAAGGAGAUUGCCAUGAGAAGGAAGACAAAGUGACACGCUUCAUCUUUAUAUGAAGAACCAUUCUCAGAGACAAUGAACUUUAAAACAUUGGUCGCUUUCAACCGGAAGAUUGUGAAUUUUUUCCUCAGCAAAAAUAUGUACGUAAGGUUUUUUGUGGCGAACGUUUGCUCAAGAUGAGACAACUGUUUCAAAGUCAAGUCAAAAGAGAAAGUCCAAAAAUAUGCUGGUUUUGAUGUUGGUGCUCAUGCGGCGCAGUCUACACACAGUGUUUGUUUGAUUAGUGUUUUCUUUGUGCAUUUUGUAUAUCUAUUGGGCCGUUUCAGUGAAGUGAACAUUGGAUAUCAGCCCCCCCUCCCCCUUUACAAGCCUACAUUCAUAAACCUUGUCAUUUUAUUUUGUUUUUAUCCCCUUGUGUCAUAUAUUGUGCCAUGACUUUUUAUUAUUUUUGUUAUUGUAUUAUUUUUUUACACACAUAUCCUUAUAAACAUGUACAUAUGUUGUGUUUUUUUUUAAACUGCCUCAUUCUUUUAAUGUUUCCCAUUGUUUCAUUAUUGUUAUUUUGGAUGAAAGUUGGGAUUACGAGUGAGUCCUGAAGCUCAGUUUUCAUAUUAAAAGGGGAGAGAAGCCGGAUGUGUUUUACAGUACAUUCUUCUCUGGCAUAGUGUUGUCCCCUAUGUAUAUUAAAAACGUUUUUUUUUUCUCUCAGUCUUUUGUUUGAUGUGGGAGCUCCGUUUUAAAAGCCUUACCAACCUUUUUGUAUGUUGGAGACGUAUUGGCUUUCGCGGAUGUUGCUCGGUGGUGUGCUGCGUUUCCAUGUAGUUCUGUGUGACAGUAUCCCCUCUCAGGUCAGGGGUACCUAGGACUCAGGGCGCUGACCCCCACCUCUGCAAAAAGAAGAAAUCACCCAUUAAUCACUCAAUCAGUUACCUGCAACAAACCAGUUAUCUUUUGUAUGAGAAGUGAUCAAAAGCGUGUGUCGUUCCCAAAAACCAAUAUUUGGUUUUAGGUGUCCGUAAUGCUCUACCACGUGUGCGUUUUCCCACAGCAUCGUGUGUUCGCUGUUUCUUUUCCUGCUGUUCUUCAUCAAAUGCGCUGAUUCUUCAACAAAUCUUACAAGAUGCAAAGAUGUUGGCCUUUUAAAUGGGACUCCCAGAUUUUUUUUUUACAUGGUAGUUUUUGUAUGAAGAAAAAAAGAAGCUUGUUCUAUACACAAAUCCGAUGUAAAAAGAAAAAAAAAGUUCAUCUAAGAAACUAGUUUUUCAUUACCCUCUACCCAAAGAAUUUGUCAUUUGCAAUCAUAGUAAUUUGCUCUACUUUUGUGAAUACCAUGUUUCUCAUAAAUGUACAUCGUCAUGAAUGUCAAUAUAUCUGUAAGAGAUUUUAACUAUGGAUACAAACGAGGAACACGUUUUGGGGAAAAAAUUAUUGAAAACAAAGGGGGAAGAAAAAGGACCGGACUCCAUUUGGGAAAUAAUCUAUUGAGUGGUAAACAGUUGAACCUGUAUUGCACUUUUUCACAAUUUUUGAAAAGUACAUUUCUUAUACAUAUCUUGUGUUUUAAAUAUCAAAAAGCUGUUUGUGUAAUGUAGUGUCCUAGGUAAGCAGCAGGCAGCUGGUCUUGUUUUUUUUUAUGUUUUUGUUUUAUUUUUGCUUCAGAGAUGAAAAUGAAUUUGAGCAGCCGAGUUGUUUACUUUGCAGCUCAUGAUGAGGAAUUUUGUUGUUGCUUGUUCAUGUACAGAGCUUUCUUUGCUUUCUGUAGAAAAAAAAUCUGUGGCUUUUUAAAAAACGUUGAAAAAAAGGAUUGGAAAAAAAUAUGUUUUUUUAUUGGUGCUCCUAUACAUUGUGUAUACAAACUAUUAUGAAUACUAACAAAGUAAA